AUGGAAGAACUGUCGGAUCUGAUCACAUCACUCGGUCCAGCAGUAGAAGAUGCAGAAGAGGAAUCCUUCCUCCUAUUCUCUCAGGAUAUUCCCUCCGCCAACCUAGGCUUUGUCGAUUCCCGAGCAACCUCCGUCGAGAUCACCAUCCGUGGACAAGACUAUACCAUCUACCAGUCUCCGAGUCUUCUCUCCUCCUCUCGUGCUGGAGGCACAACCGGUGCAGUCCUUUGGAAAAUCACUCCUCUCUUCGCAGAAUGGAUCUCCUCCCAAUCAUCUAGUCCUCUCUGGAAACAUUCCCUCCUCUCAUCGUCGUCCACCGUCGUCGAACUCGGCUGCGGCAUAUCAGGUCUUAUUGCUCUUGCCUUAGCUCCGACUGUGCAAUAUUAUAUCGCCACAGACCAGGAAUACGUCCAACGUCUCUUUCGGGAGAACAUCGACUCCAAUGUCUCAUCGACGCCUCGAAACCAGCCUUCGUCGUCCCAGUCAAAGGGUCGAAAACGGGGCGGUCUCCCAGAUCAAAAGUCGAAGCGUAAAGAAAAACUCCCAAAUAAACCCCGUCACAAUAUCACCUUUACCUCUCUAGACUGGGAAUUGGACAUCCCUUCAUCAUUGAAACACAGUCUCCAUACCGAAACUCCUGUUCCCCGUGAAGUCAAGAACAGCAGCAACAAGAAGAACGACAACGACAACAACGAAGACGAAGAUAAAGGCUUCGACCUCCUCCUCUCCUGCGAUUGUAUAUACAACGAAGCCCUAGUUGCUCCGUUUGUGCGCACCUGCGCCGACAUCUGUCGUCUGAGGCCCGUGUUUAACUCCACGAGAAAUGCAACCCAGUCGGCCCGGUCGCCGACGAUCUGUCUGAUUGCUCAACAGCAACGGUCCCCUGAUGUUUUCGAGGCUUGGUUACAGGAAACGAUGAGGUUUUUCCACGUCUGGCGUGUCUCGGAUGAAAUGUUAGGGGAUCAGUUGAAGCUGGGGACGGGGUAUUUGGUGCAUUUGUUGCUGUUGAGGGAGGGUGCUUGA